UAUCGGGUUUGGAGGGGCGUAGAAAGGAGGCCAUAUUGUACAGUUAAAUUGAAAGAACGAAAAUAAUUAUAUCAUCGUAUAGUCGUGCUUGUUUCGUUUCAUAUUUUUUCUACCGUACAUAUCCACCUAGGUGUUGUACGUACGCCGUGAGUAGAUAAACAGUGCGCAAAGUCUAUUUGGUUGCUUCGACAAUUUCAUUUUUGUAAAUAACUACAAGUUGUAGUAGUGUGUUCCGAUAUCUAGGUAUCGUCCGUCAGUCUACUAAAGGGGUUUAUUGCUCCAGACGAGAUGGGCACUCGGGAUGACGAAUAUGAUUAUUUAUUUAAAGUUGUUCUUAUUGGUGAUUCUGGUGUAGGAAAAAGUAAUCUUUUGUCAAGAUUUACAAGAAAUGAAUUCAAUUUGGAAUCAAAGUCGACUAUAGGAGUUGAAUUUGCUACGCGUAGUAUACAAGUAGAUGGGAAAACUAUUAAAGCUCAGAUUUGGGACACAGCAGGACAAGAGCGUUAUCGCGCUAUUACAUCUGCGUACUAUCGUGGUGCGGUUGGAGCUCUGCUGGUGUACGAUAUCGCGAAGCAUUUGACGUACGAAAAUGUGGAGAGAUGGUUGCGAGAAUUGCGGGACCAUGCUGAUCAAAACAUCGUUAUUAUGUUGGUGGGAAAUAAAUCUGACUUAAGGCAUCUACGUGCGGUUCCAACCGACGAGGCGAAAGCGUUCGCGGAGAGAAACGGCCUCUCUUUUAUUGAAACUUCUGCUUUAGAUUCUACAAAUGUUGAGACAGCGUUUCAAAAUAUAUUAACAGAAAUCUACAGAAUCGUAUCGCAGAAACAGAUACGUGACCCACCCGAAGGUGAUACAAUCCGGCCACAAAACGUAGAACCCAUCGACGUGAAGCCAACAAUGAACUCAGAGGGAAUGCGCAAGCAGUGCUGCCAGUGACUCACCUUGCUGCUUAAAAUAAGGACAUACAAAGAGGCAGAGGGAAAAAGAAAAGAGGUCGACGGUAAACGUAACAGGUGCAAACAGUACAAGAAUCAAGACUAUUUACGAAUAUAAGUAUACACUGAUUACUGGUUUCCCAAAUAAUCCGGCGUUCUGGAUGCAAAAUAGACUGUUCUUUGGCUCCGUUAUUUUAUGGAAGCAGAUAUUAAUAGUAGUACUUAAAAGAAACAUCAAAAGACAUCUGUACAAUUUUGCCCUCAACAGUCGCUUCAAUUUAAUUGAAACAUAUUACUAUUACUGCUGUUAUUAGUACUGCUACUACUAAUAUUAAUACUAUUACUACUAUUACAACUACUACUACUACUAUUACUAUUACUAUUAUUAUUACCACUACUAGUAUCAAUGUCGCUACCAUCAGUAUCAUUAAAUCAGUCUUUUUUGACCAUGGAACAAACAAAUUUUUGUUAUUAUUUCUAUGCUUUAGUUGAAAAUGUAAUAGGAAAGAUUAAUAUCAUAGACUCCUCAAGUUCCUUCGGAUUAUUUGGGAAAUGAAUGAUGAGAAUCGGGGAAAAUCUAGCGACACGUAUAUACAAUAGCUGGAUACGUUGGAGUAAAGAAUACCAUAGACACGAUCAUACAACCCAAAAAUACAUCAUCAGAAAUAUUUACGAAGGACGAAGAUAUGCAUAUGCACUAAUUCUGUCCCCGAAAUUCAUCCUGCCUCUCUCCCUUCCUCUCUAAUCUCUCGCCACUAUCUUUAUCUCUGAUAUGUUACAAUAAGUCAGUGUUGUAUUACUGCUUCUUUAUAAUACAUAUGUUAUUCUACUUGACACGUAGAAGCGAACGGUUUAUAAACGUUACACAAAAAAAUGUGUCUGAAAUACUUGGUCGCAUCUUGGAGGGAUGUAUACUUUGUGAGUCACAGGGAUGAAAAGAGUGUACCAUGGGUGUCGAAAGUGAUGAUCUUCAUAAAGGAAUUUCUAAAGUGUACUAAAAAGUGCAAGUGAAUGUUUACAAUUAAUUAUAGAUUAACAAUUAUAUAUUCUUCCAUAAGUGAGCUGAGUAAGAAAUUGUACGAGCAAAUUAGUCACCUGAAAUUGUAUCCAUAGUGCAUCAACUUGAUGGCAAAGAUUGGAUCGAAAGAUGCAAGCAAUAAUUAUUUGUUAAGUAGCAAAGCAUUAGUAUAAAUAUCUUUUUGGUUUUUGAUCUUACGACUGAUGAUGUAUCAUUGUUCCAAAAUUUGGCCGAAUGUUUCAGAGACAGUCUAUAUUAUAACAUAAGUGAAGUCUUGCAGUUUAAGUAUACAGGUGCACGAUUAUAGAAGAAGACAAAUAAGAGAACAAGAUAGAAGAAGCUUAACGAGAGCAACUGAGGAGGAAAACAAAAAACGAAAAAAAAAAAAGAAUUAAAUCGGACUUGAAACACUUUUAUUGUUGCUCACUCUCUGCUUUCGAAUUUGCACCGUAGCGUUGACCUUGAAAUACGAUAAGCAGCUUAUCCAUUUUUUAAACAAACAAAAGAACACUUUCUCCGAAGGUAUUCUUUUUUUCCAAGUGGAAAAAAGCUGAGAAGUAAAAGAACCGAAAGAACGAAGGAAGAAUUGAAAUUUUGACACAGGAAUUAACGAAUUCAAAUUUUGACGCGUAUCAUAAAAGUGAUAAUACACGAAAGUACACUAUUUGCGAGAUUAUAUCGUACUUUCUAGGCGUCUAAUAAUUAUCGCUUCGAUGUGUGUAGCCGCAAUGUAAUCUGUUAUCGUUACAAGUCCUCGUUGUAUCUUGAUGAAUAAAUAGAGAGUGAGUAAAACGUUGAAAUAUUGAAAUGUCUACACCUCGCUGUAUUAUGCGAGGACAUUGAUGGUUCGUGCAAUAGUAAUCAUACCAAGAAAACGAAAAAAUGAGCACACAGAACCGUUUAUAGGGAACUAUAACAUUAUUCUUUUCUUUUCUUUUUAAUUUGAAAAAUAUCAUUAACACGUUGAUUGCCACGGCGAUCAUCGGUGAUGAACGUUACUAAUCCUUUUCUUAAAUAAGAUAAAUUUCAUGAACUAAUAAGUUGUCAACAAUGUAAAUGAUUUGGAUAAUAUUAUCAGAAGAAAGUGUAAAUACUAUAUAAUAUCUGCAAAAAUUAAAUUUUAUGGUAUAGUAUAUUUCAAUCAAGCUUCUAGACAAAAUAUCAAAAAUGACGUGGCAGUCAACGUGUUAACAAAUACAAGAAGUCUUGGAAAUAUAAUUUAUGCUUUUCUGAGAGCGCUAUUUAUUAGUAACAUAAUUAUCUCUUUUAUCGCAAUUUACCUGGUAAAUUGCAAUAAGUAAUAGAGAUAACUACCAGUAGUGUUCCGGUAAAAGUGUGAAUUUUAUUGAAAAUACUUCUCUUUAAAUAAAUAAUCAUUUUUAUUUUUCAAAAUAGCUUAAUGAGCAAUUAAUAAGAGGAAAAAAAGAAUGAAUUUAGAAAGUCCGCAAGAUUAUGCGUGACCAUACAUAAGAAGUAAAAUUCCUCUGGCUGACUAGUCAGCUUUUAAAAUGUAAAUUCAUUUCGAAGCAAUGAUAGCCGAAAAAUUCUAAUUUCGUGUCAGAGCGUGCGAUGAAUUAACAGAACAAUGGAAGAAUCAUACUUUUCCCUUCGGGUAUACAUACAACAUGCCUUUUUAGUUUCCAUUUUGUACCAUUAGGUUAUUAAAUACGAUACUUGAUGGAACUUUUUCAAGUUCCAUUUUUGCGAAGAUUGAAUUUGUACGAAUGGAAUAUUUAGAACGAUGAAUUUUUAGACGUUAUUGAGAUCAGUUUAUUCUCCGUUGAUUCGAUAUAUAUAUAUAUACAUAUAUAUAUAUAUAUACUCACACCACACGAAAUAAAUAAUAUAUAUAUAUAUAUAUUAAUAUAUAUAUUAUUAUAUAUAUAUAUGAAAGAAGAUAUCGCCGAAUCGGCGACAUUUUAUUAACCAAUGCUUUGUACUUCAUAAUUUUAUUAAUAAAAUCACUUUUGCUUUGAACAUAUAUGUAUACGUGUGUAUUGUACAAUUUUUCGUUUUGUUAGCCGAAAAAUAUUGAUAUUAAUCAAUAUAGCUUUGUAUAAAUAGGUACAUUAUAUAUCGCUACUUUUAUCAUAAUUUUAAGACUGUAUAUACAAAGAAUCUCAAAACUCACAUGAUACAAUGCAGAUGAUAUGCAAUAAUUCGAUACUACACUUAACAAUAAAUUAUGCGAUUAUUUACA